GUGAGCAGUGCUCACUUGGUCCUCUGUGUGAACAUUUAACGUCCAACCAGUUUGACGUUAAUCCCUCAGCAGCGGAGCAGUCGAUGGAUUCUUCUUUAGAAAGCUCCAGCUCCUCUAACGGCCCCCCGGUGCGCUGCUGUCGGACCUGUAAGAUCAUCGUGAUCGGGGAUGCCGGUGUCGGUAAGACCUGUCUGACACAUCGAUUCUGCACUGGGCAGUUUCCUACAAGAACAGAGGCGACCAUCGGGGUGGAUUUUCGAGAGAAACUUCUUCAGAUAGACGGCGAGAAGAUAAAAGUACAGCUAUGGGACACGGCCGGUCAGGAGCGUUUCCGCAAAAGCAUGGUGCAGCACUACUAUCGAAAUGUGCAUGGUAUUGUCUUUGUCUUUGACGUCACAAACCAAUCUAGUUUCUGCAAUCUGCCUUUGUGGAUGGACGAAUGCCGUCAACACUCUCUUGGUCUGGAUAUUCCACGUGCCCUAGUUUGCAACAAGGCUGACCUGAUGUCUUCAAAUGCUUCUGUGCUAAUCGAGCAGGCUCGUCAUUUGGCUGAAGUCCACGGGAUGUCUUUUUAUCUCACUUCAGCCAAAGGUCUCAAAGACGACCAGGUGGACAGCAUCUUCAUGGCUUUAGCACAGAGACUGAAGAGCCAGAGAAGGGAGAGCGUGAAUGGAUGUGUGUUAGAGUGCAGAGCUGAGAGCUUUAAAAUCCAGGCGCGGGUUAUAACAGCACAAGAGACCAAGAAGAAAUGGACCUGCAUCUGCUAAAGCAUGAAAGCGUGUCCAUUUAAAAUGGAUACAGAAACACAGUACAUCCAUUGAGAAUCGGUCACUGGUCAUGCCUCCAUUUGUAAUGGCUAAUUUAAAGAGAUGGUCACUCAAAAAUGAUAAUGUGCUGUACAUUUACUCACCCUCAAGGCAUUUAAGAUCCAGAGGACUUCCUUUUUCUUUUUUAGUAGGACAUUAAACAUGCUGUAAGUUUUUGACUCCUCUAAGGCAUAAAAAUAUAUAAAGAUAUUUGAGAAACAUGCUAAGUUUACAUACUUCAAAAACAAUGCUGAAGUCAGUUAUUCUUUUUUUAAAUGAAAUGUUUGUUCUGUGUCAGAACAUUUGUCUUUGUUUUGGUCUCUAUAACCUGCCCACUGCCAGUUUGCACAGGUAGCCUUGAUCGAAAACGUAUUUCAUAGGUGUCAAUCCUACAUACUGCAUGUUUACAGAUCAUAUCAUUUUGGAAUUUCAAUGUAUCAUCAGGAUUUGAUGGUAUAAAUAUGAGUGUAGUGUAACCCCACCGGUCCUACACCACCCAACCCGCUCCGAGCUGGUAUCGAACCGGCGACCUUCCGCAUGGGAGUUGGUUGCUCUACCAAGGAGGCUAAAGGCCAUGGCCUCUAGCAUCUGUCACUAGAGCACCUUUUUAGAGGUCAGAGGAAUGAGGUUUACCUGCACAGCACUUACCAGCUGGCCUCCGUUACACUCACCCCCCUAAACCUCACUCCCAUUAGGGUCACGGCACCAAUGUAACCCCACCGGUCCUACACCACCCAACCCACUGCGAGCUGGUAUCGAACCGGCUACCUUCCGCAUGGGAGUCGGUUGCUCUACCAAGGAUGCUAAAGUCCAUGGCCAUGGCAUGUCACUAGAGCACUUUUUUUAGAGGUCAGAGGAGUGAGGUUUACCUGCACAGCACUUACAAGCUGGCCUCAAUUACACUCACCCCCCUAAACCUCACUCCCAUCCGGGU